UUGGUGAGAUAGAGGAACCUGCAUGACGUGGUUCCCCAUCCCUUCCACUUCCUGAAAAAACAUGCAAGACAGAAAGAGCGACUUGAGAAAGACAGAAAAUCUACAAGGAGGACACGGUUUAGAAGACAGAGAAAGCUUGGCUGGGUUUUUUUACUUUUUUUUUUUUUUACUUCACAACUGCCUCUUCAGGAUCCGUUACUUUAAACAAUAUUGAUGACUGACCAGUUGUAAGAGUAGGCCUACACCCUCAUCAUUACAGCCAGACAGGACACACUACCAUGGAGGAUAUCACCCUGACCAAGUGGUUUAAGGUGAAAGAAUACGACCAGAAAAGUGAGCGGCGGUCAGAGAAACACAAGGGCCUACGGGGACGCAACAACGUUACUUCCUGUCGGAGCCCGACCAGAGAACUGGACACGCGGUGGAUCAAGAAGGAGCUGAGGCGGAAGAGACAGCAGGAAUUCAACAUAAGACGAUCAGUCAGCCCAGAAAGGGCCAAAGACUCUGCCAAGGUCAAGGACGACAGUUGUGUCAUCUGUGACGCAGCCAAGUCAGAGACGGUGGGGGCUAAGGUCAGCGUGACCCCUAAGUCAAAUCUGCAUGGGUCACAAAGGGCGAAAGAUUCUGCAAAGGUCAAGGACGACAGUUGUGUCAUCUGUGACGCAGCCAAGUCAGAGACGGUGGGGGCUAAUGUCAGCGUGACCCCUAAGUCAAAUCUGCAUGGGUCACAAAGGGCGAAAGAUUCUGCAAAGGUCAAGGACGACAGCUGUGUCAUCUGUGACGAAGAGAAGACAGAGUCUUUGCAGUGUAACAUCAAUUGGCCUAUGCCCCCUGGGCUUAUGUCCAAUGUAAGGCCAUUGACAAUGGGUCGAAGAAUAAAGACAUCCAAAGAUGACCUGGGCAACAGUGAAUGGGCCUCAAUAUGGAAGAAUGAGAAGAGCAGUACUAGAACACUAGAGGCAGUUUCCUCCACCUUCACCACCUUCACCACCUCGACCAGAGAACCACCCACCUCCAUCUUCACCACCUCGACCAGAGAACCACCCAUCUCCACCUUCGCCACCUCGACCAGAGAACCACCCACCUCCACUUUCCCCACCUCGACCAGAGAACCACCCACCUCCACCUUCACCACUUCGACCAGAGAACCACCCACCUCCACCUUCGCCACCUCGACCAGAGAACCACCCACCUCCACCUUCACCACCUCGAUCAGAGAACCACCCACCUCCACCUUCGCCACCUCGACCAGAGAACCACCCACCUCCACCUUCACCACCUCGACCAGAGAACCACCCACCUCCACCUUCGCCACCUCGACCAGAGAACCACCCACCUCCACCUUCACCACCUCGACCAGAGAACCACCCACCUCCACCCCAACCAUCUGCACCUCGACCAGAGAACCACCCAUCUCCACCCCAACCUCCACCCUGAAGACGUCCACCCCGAGCAGAGAACUAGUCCAGCCCAGGUUAAAAGCCUUGACAAAACAACCACCCACCUCCACCCCUACGUCCACCCCUACCUCCACCCCUACGUCCACCCCUAUGUCCACCCCUACCUCCACCCCUACGUCCACCCCUACCUCCACCCCUACGUCCACCCCUACCUCCACCCCUACGUCCACCCCAACCUCCACCCCAACCUCCACCCCAACCUCCACCCCGAGCAGAGAACUAGUCCAGCCCAGGUUAAAAGCCUUGACAAAACAACCACCCACCUCCACCCCUACGUCCACCCCUACCUCCACCCCUACCUCCACCCCUACCUCCACCCCUACGUCCACCCCUACGUCCACCCCUACCUCCACCCCUACCUCCACCCCUACCUCCACCCCUACGUCCACCCCUACCUCCACCCCUACGUCCACCCCUACGUCCACCCCAACCUCCACCCCAACCUCCCCCCCGAGCAGAGAACUAGUCCAGCCCAGGUUAAAAGCCUUGACAAAACAACCACCCACCUCCACCCCUACGUCCACCCCUACCUCCACCCCUACCUCCACCCCCAACUCCACCCCUACGUCCACCCCUAACUCCACACCGAGCAGAGAUCUAGUCCAGCCCAGGAAAAAAGCCUCCACGAAGAAAGAAAAGGGCAUCCUGAAGGGUACCGGAGGUAAGAAGACACAGCAAGAAGCCAACACACAAACAGAGUCUGGCUAUGUUACCGUCAAAGAAUCUGAAGUUAUUCAGCUGGAUGUUUACUUGCAGGAGGCUCUAUGGAGAGAGGAGGGCCUGAAGAAGAAGUUGGCUGUUCUCCAAAAGCGUGGCUCCACCCUGCUGCGAUACUCUGACAACCUAUGGGCUACAAGCUGCAACGAAGACCUCCUAAAGAACAAGAUCAGAGCAUUGGAAGCACAGCUGCAAGUCUGUCUGCAGAAACAGAAGCUCCCCUUGGAUGGAGUGAAGAAGCUAGUGCUACAGAUGGAGAACCAGAAGGGAGCGUAUGAGGAGAAAGCCUUGGAGGUCAUCCAGAGGGCUACAGAGGAGAAAUGGGAAGCUCUCAGUCAGGCCGAGACACUUGAGAUGUUGCUGCAGGCAGCCAGGGUGGAAGCGGCGCAGUGGCAGGGUCUGUGUGAGGAAAUGAAGGAGAGCUCAGAACAGCUGAAGAAGAAACAGGAGAUCAGCUCUGAACAGGUUCUACAACUGCAGAACCAACUGGAGCUGGCCAAGGGUCAGGAGGCGGGGCUGAGGGAGGAGCUGGGGGCAGUACAGCGAGUGGAGGAGGAGUUACAGUCCAACAUUGUUCUGCUGGAAGAACAGAACCAGAACCUGAGGGACCAGAUCCAUGAGAUGAGAGAUGCCAGAGCUGACACUCAGGAGGUGUCCCUGGAUGAAUCCUUGGCCCAGUUGGAUGUGUCGCUGGAGCAGUUGGACGAGGACGAGACCCUGGCCCAGUUGGAUGUGUCUCUGGAGCAGUCGGAGGAGGAGGAGACCCUGGCCCAACUGGAUGUGUCUCUGGAGCAGUCGGAGGAGGAGGAGACCCUGGCCCAGCUGGAGCGGACCCUGGCCCAGUUGGAUGUGUCUCUGGAGCAGUCGGAGGAGGAGGAGACCCUGGCCCAGCUGGAUGUGUCUCUGGAGCAGUCGGAGGAGGAGGAGACCUUGGCCCAGCUGGAUGUGUCUCUGGAGCAGUCGGAGGAGGAGGAGCUGAUUGUAUCGUCACAGCAGAAGCAGCUAUCAUGGGGAGAUGGAGAUCAGGUUCUGGAGCAGCUCCGUCACGCUCUGGACCGAUUACAGCUGAAGGAGAGGGAGUGUGAGGAGCUGCAGAACGAUCUGGAAGCCGUGGAGGCAGAGUGCCAGUCGUGCCAGGUCCGUCUGACGCAGUGCAGGGACGAACUCCGACAGCUCAGCCACCGACGCAGCAGCAGGGUGUGCAGCAAGCCCUGUGUCUCGUGGAUAUGGCUCUGUGUUCUACUAUCACUGCUCCUGUCCAUGGUGGCGGUGGCCAUCUUGUGGGCGUGGCAUCCUCCCUUCAAGGACCAAGUCCAGGGCCUGUACUCAACUGUAGAGGAACACAUAGAGGACUAUCUAAUGCAGGCCGCCUCCCCACAACACGUUGGCUGCUUCAGGCCUGUCUGACCACAGCACUAGCCUGAGUCCCACAUCGGUUUGGGCUCUCUUGCCAACUCUAAGACAUUGGACUUGAGAAGACAGUACAAAGAGAUCUGGGACUCAGGCUACCACAGCACAGCUCAGGUUUAGGAUUUAUAGUUUGAUUGAGUUUGUUUUGUGUGUAUUAGGAAUUUUUGUUAAGGUAUUAUUAAUUUAUUUUUUAACAAAAAAAAUCUAGCAAAAACAUUCCAAAUGAUAAAAGACAAAACAAUCUAUUCAUUUAAUUUAUAUUUAUAACUCAGAACCUUUGUGUGCCUUUAUAGAUGAAUUGAGAAUGACAAC